GUAUUAAAAAUCGAUUUAUUUUACACACCUAUCUCGUUUAGUACACAAAAAAUGAUGAAACUUAUAAUACAGAUUAGUAUAUCGAUACGCAAUACAAAUCCAAAUGUUGCCAUAGCAAUUUGGUAACAAAUAUAGUAACACUGCACUUAUACAACCCUAACCAAAAUUUACAAUAUUUAACAACAUUCAUUGUUAUUUACAUUGUUUUAAAAUAGGGCUUUCAAUUAAAAUCUAAUAUAGCACCAUAUUAUUCAUGUGUUUAUUUCCAGGAAAUAAAUGAAGUAUUAAUAUUAUUAUUAUAUUACAAGUCAAUUAAAUAAUAUAUGCUAUUUAAAGAUAUAAGUAAGAAAAAUGAUAGACAUGUAUUUCAACAAAUCCAUUAUAGAAAUAUAUGAGUCCCGAUAUUUAUUAUUGAAUGUUUCCUCAAUUUGCUUUGUAAUCCCUUUGCUUUGUAAUUCUCCUUCUAUAUCAAUGGAAUAUUAUUUUCCAAAGUUUUCUGUUUUUUUCUUCUUUACUUUACUUUACUUUAUUUUGUUAGAGAACUGUAAGAUACCUGUCAUAACAUGCAAGAUAAUUUAAUAAUUAAAUCGUCUUACAUUUAAUUUUUACGUAAUUACUAAUGUGUUUAAAUAAGUCAUAAAUAAUUAAAAUAUUAUUUUGGUACGCCUCUGCAAAGUUGAUAAGAGAAAUAUCGGUUGCUCGCUUUAAGUGCGAUGUUGCCAAUUAAUCACCUUCAGUUGAAAAUUGUUACCUAUAAUAUAGUAAUUUUUGACAUCUUAUGAGAAUUUUUAGUGGAGGAAAGUCCAGUUUGGAAACUGGAGUUGUCAGUGGUAAGAUAGAGACUAAUAUGAUAUCAUAGUAUAGAAAUUAAUCAAUAUAAACGAAGAAAUCUCGACAGUAUCUAGACAGAAUAACAAAUUUGAAAACAUUUAGACUAAAAAAAAGUGCGUUAACACCACCAGAGGGAUCCCUUAACACAAAGUGUAAAAUAUGGACAGGAAAAUGAAAAAGAAAACUUUUUAAUGUUAUGUUUACAUUUCUCACAUAUUUUCGAAAAUUAUUUGAUCUAGUGCAAAUGUAUUUGCCAUGACGUCACAUUAUAAUUUUUUUUAUUAAAAUACAUGUCUUCUAUAAAAAUGUAUUAACAAUUUGAGCGUUGAGUAGUGAUAUGAUAAAAGUAACCUAAAAUCUAAAUCUACAAAAUUCAAAUUCCCUUUCACUAGGUUGUGGCGUAAUGAAAAAGAAAUCAAAUUUUUACUUACAAACACUAGACGUAAGGCACACAGUUAUAUAGCGUAAAUAAAGCAAUAGCAAUGGCUCCAACAUCAGUAAAAUUUCGGUAAUAAACAUAAAGAAGUCUUAAAUUCUUCCGCAGCACGAAACUGUAAGGUUAAAUAAAAUAUGUAUGGCAAUGGUGAUUACAAUUUUCUCCAAACUUAUUAAAUUCGGCAAAACUGUUUUAAAGGUAAAUAUUAUAUUAAGUAUUGUUUAAAUCAAUAAACUAACCCACAAUUAACAUACAAUAAUUUAGGUGAUAGCUUCUCAGUUACACAUGGGUUGCUACAUUGUUACAAAUUGGCGCCCAACGUGGGGAACCAAUGUGUGAAAAUGUAACCAACUAUUUUAAGAUGGAAAAUAAUAAAACAAUACCAAAGGUUAACAAAGGAAUAAAAUCAAAAUAUUAUUCGUUACUGUCGUUAUUGACUAUCUACAUUACAAGUUUUCUACUGGUUUAUUCUGUGAUUUAUUUCCAUUAAAUAUAGUAGACAACAUAGACAUAACGAUUUUAAAACCAUAGACAAAUUAAUUUUAAAAUAAACAUCAUUUAUUCAAUCUAAGAGAUUUAGUAGAAGCUUUAGAUCGCAUGAGGUAUAUGUUUACUGAAUUUUUGGGUUGUAAAAAGCUGUGUGCAAAAAGUGUCGUAUUUACUAACAAUAGAACAAAUAAAAAUUCAAAUGUAAUUUUCUUAGCAACAUUUGGGGCAUUUCAGGAAGGAUAAAAAUAGUUGAGUUAUGAUGAUAACGUAUAUUAGCAUAAUCCUAAAUCAAAAUAAUAAGGUACUGAAUCGUUUAAACCCAGUAGUUUGGAUUCGAAGUGAGUUAGAAUCCGAAAAUCAGUCCAGAGAGUAUUUUUUUAUACAAAAUGAGUUUUGCUCCAAACUGAUAUAUCAAUUUAGUCAGAUCGUUGUUGUAAUCUUUAGGACCAGCUGGUAGGAGACAAAAUUGUAGGAAAGACUUGCUUUACAAAAAUCAAGACAAUGCAUAUCAUCCC